CCACCGCCCCCUGCGACACCGGCACCCCCCUCCCUAAACUCCUCACCCUCUUCCCACAAGUCAACUUCUCCCACGUCGACCCUCUCUUCCCCGACAAAUCCUCCACCCCCCUCGCCGCAGCCCGCUACGGCCACACGCGCCGCGCCAUCCUCGCUCGUGGACAGCGAGCGCUGGCGGGGAUUCGGGAUCGAUAUGCCGAGUAUUAUGGCGACCAUCAUGGCGAGAAUGGCGAUCAGAAGGAGAAGAAGCAGAAGGCAAUUGUGGUGGUGUCGCAUUCGGGGUUUUUGAGGGUGGGGUUGACGGGGCGGUGGUAUAUGAAUGCGGAUUAUCGGGUUUUUGAGUUGGAGGGGGGGGAUUCUAGUAGUGGUGAAGGCGAUGAGGGAGUUAGGUUGAGGGAGUGGGAGGCGAUGGAAAAGGGGGGGUUGGGGAAGAGUCGGGUGGUUGUGGUGCCGUUGGGGGAUGAUUUGCCGGAGGAGGAGGGGGAAGAGGCUGAUGUGGAGGUUGUGGAUGCGUUGUGA